AUGGGCGAAAAGAAAGAGAAGAAGAAGAAUGAGGAAACUCCAGCGACACCUGCCGCUGAGCCUUUGAAAGGUGGUGGCUCUCAAUGCGAGGAAGCUGGCAUUCAUCCCAAAAAAGAAGACAGCAAGGUGCAAGACAAUCAGACGUCAAAAAGAAGAAGAGAAAGUCUGUCGACUCUGCUGAAUCCAAUGGUCGAAGAUACUCAUGAACGCGAGAAACCUUCAGAACACUCGAAGAAAAAGAAGAAACAUCAGGAAACCGCAAUCGCACCUGCUUCCAAUGAACAUUCUGAAGAAUCAAGCAUUAUCAAAAAGAAAAAAAGAAAAUCUUCCGACGCUGCUGAGCCAAUAGCUGAAAAUACUCAUCAACAUGAGGAACCGUCAGUACACUCGAAGAAAAAGAAGAAACAUUUGGAGGAGGCAACAGCACCUGUUUCUAGUGAUCAUGCUGAAG